AUGGUUCGGAAGUCAAAUGGCGGCUUCAACGGAGAGAAGCCUUACUCCUGCUCUGACUGUGGGGCGAGUUUCUCUCGACUGGAUACCUUAAAAACACACCAACGUAUACAUACGGGAGAGAAGCCUUACUACUGCCCUGACUGUGGGGAGAGAUUCUCUCAAAAGACCAACUUAAAAGCACACCAACAAAUACAUACAGGAGAGAAGCCUUACUCCUGCUCUGAAUGUGGAAAAAGUUUCUCCCGAUCAGAAAACUUAAAAUCACAUGAACGUAUACAUACAGGAGAGAAGCCUUACUCCUGCUCUGACUGUGGAAAAUGCUUCAAAACAUCAACGGUGCUGAAACUUCAUCAGCGAACACACACAGGAGAGAAGCCUUACUCCUGCUCUGACUGUGGGGCGAGUUUCUCUCGACUGGAUACCUUAAAAACACACCAACGUAUACAUACGGGAGAGAAGCCUUACUCCUGCCCUGACUGUGGGGAGAGAUUCUCUCAAAAGGCCAACUUAAAAACACACCAACAAAUACAUACAGGAGAGAAGCCUUACUCCUGCUCUGAUUGUGGGAAGAGGUUCUCCUUAUCGGGUACCUUGAAAUCACAUGAACGUAUACAUACAGGAGAGAAGCCUUACUACUGCUCAGACUGUGGAAAAUGUUUCUCCCGAUCGGGUACCUUGAAAUCACAUGAACGUAUACAUACAGGAGAGAAGCCAUACUCCUGCUCUGAAUGUGUAAAAUGCUUCAAAACAUCGACUGAUUUAAAACUUCAUCAGAGAACACACACAGGAGAGAAGCAUUACUCCUGCUCUGACUGUGGAAAAUGCUUCAAAACAUCAACUGAGCUAAAACUUCAUCAGAGAACACACACAGGAGAGAAGCCUUACUUCUGCUCUGACUGUGGGAAGCGUUUCUCUCACCAUAGCAACUUAAAAACACACCAACGUAUACACACAGGAGAGAAGCCUUACUCCUGCUCUGACUGUGGGGCGAGUUUCUCUAGUCUGGAAAACUUAAAAACACACCAACGUAUACACACAGGAGAGAAGCCUUACUCCUGCUCUGACUGUGGAAAAUGUUUUAAAACAUCAAAAGAGCUAAAAGUUCAUCAGAGAACACACACAGGAGAGAAGCCUUACGUCUGCUCUGACUGUGGAAAAUGCUUCACAACAUCAAGUCAUCUAAAAGGUCAUCAGAGAACACACACAGGAGAGAAGCCUUACGUCUGCCCUGACUGUGGGGCGAGUUUCUCUCUUCUGGGCACCUUAAAAGGACACCAACGUAUACACACAGGAGAGAAGCCUUACGUCUGCCCUGACUGUGGAACUAGUUUCUCUCAACUUUCCCACUUAAAAAUACAUGAACGUAUACACACAGGAGAGAAGCCUUACGUCUGCUCUGACUGUGGAAAAUGCUUCACAACGUCAAAUGGGCUAAAAGUUCAUCAGAGAACACACACAGGAGAGAAGCCUUUCUUCUGCCCUGACUGUGGAACUAGUUUCUCUCAACUUUCCCACUUAAAAAUACAUGAACGUAUACACACAGGAGAGAAGCCUUACUCCUGCUCUGACUGUGGAAAAUGCUUCAAAACAUCAACUCAGCUAAAAGGUCAUCAGAGAACACACACAGGAGAGAAGCCUUACUUCUGCUCUGACUGUGUAAAAUGCUUCAAAACAUCAACUCAGCUAAAAGGUCAUAAGAGAACACACACAGGGGAGAAAAAAAGUUAAUCAGAGAACACAGGCAUGAGAGAAGCCUGCUUAUGUCUGCUCUGACUUUUGGGUGAGUUUCUCUCACCAUAGCAACUUAACACACCAAUGUAUAGACUAUAGACGUCUAGCCAAAGGCUGCGUGUUUGAAUCUCAUCAAGGAGGACUUUAGCAAUUUCGCUAAUUAGCAACUUUCCAACUUCUUACUAAUUUUUAGCUAUGUUAGCAUGUUAGCUUAGCAUGCAACUACUUAGCAUGUUAGCUAACCUUUCCCCUAAACCCAUUUAACUCUACCUUAAACCCCUCACCCCUAACCUAGCU